AUGAGAGGAGCAGCCAAUGAGAACGACUGCCAUCAGUAUUUUAAAGAGAAGGGACUUAGGCUGCCGAAGGAUAGCCCCUGGAGGAAAGCAGAGAGAGAAGCAGAAGGAUUCCUCGAAGCCCAUUCCCACCCUGGGGCAGUGUCCCUGCUGGCCCGCCCCUCCUCCCUGCCCCUCCUCCCCGCCCCUCCUCCCCGCUCCUCCUCCCCGCCCCUGGACGACCGGCCCCAGGUCUUUGGCCGACGAGCAUGUCCAGGAAGUCCCCGGGAGGCUCGUUUCACUUCAGCUGCCGACGCCCGCUUGUUCUGGGGUGCACCCACUCGCUCUCCUCCUGCCCCAGCCCGCAGACUCGGAGGUCCCUUCCUGACCGUGGAGACCCUCAAGAACAGGGUGGUGAGCAAAUGGGACAAUGUGACCCAGGCCGAGCUGGAGCGGCUCAAGGUUUCCCUGAAGGACUGCGAGGAGGAGCCCAGACUCCUGACGCCUGCCAAGACAGGCAGUGAGAUGGAUGCGCUUUGUCGAGUACCCGCCCCACUGGUUCUACUUCCUGAGGUUCCUGCAGACAGGCGAGGAGCAAACCGAGGCGUAGAGGUGAAAGACUUUCAUGUUUCUGGUCCUGCAGCUCAUAUGCCAGCCAGCUGAACUUGCACAGCUAGUGAGAGUCAGAUGCUGUGUUGGAAUCCAGAGUUCUACUUGUCUCACAUCACCUUCCUACUUCAC